UUCAUCAUCAAUACAGAUUUUGGGAAUGAGACGAACUCGCUCUAUUCGAUUGAUCGUUUCCGGAUUUGGAAACUUUUUCUUCUUCUUUCGACUUCGGGUUUUGUUGUUCGAUUGAAUUUACAUUUCUGAUUUGAUGGUGGAAGCUACGUCGAAUUUGACGCCGUCGCAGAGAUACGCGGCAAGCGCAUUGUUUGCGAUCGCGCUUAACCAAGCGCAGAUCAGCCAGACUAAGCCACUGGGGAUCCCCUCCACCGAUCACGGCGGAGACGACGGAGAGUCGAUCAGAAGCAGCGGCGGCGGUGAUCCUAUCUCCGAGGACGCGGAUCUCUGGGUCCACGAGGUUUCUGGUUUACUCCGACCCGUUUUCAGAUGUCUUCAGAUUGAUUCCUCAGUUUGGCAUGGACUCGAGGAAAUAGCUGCUUCUUCUCUGGCUAAGGAUCACAUCGGUGCGCUCAUCAAGUUACUCUCAGAAGAUGCGAGUGAUGAUAAUGGUUGUAGUGAAAUGGUGGAGAAAGAAACCGCCUUAGCUAAAGGUGCUGAAGCUAUGGUUCAAAGCAUUCAGCGAGGUUCUGUAUCUGUUGAAGCUAAGAAGGAGAAACAUGUGGAAUAUGAAAACGAAUGCCGUGAGAAGUAUUCCGUUCCCGAGGCACCGUCUCUUGCUGAGGAUAAGGAAACAGAGAGUCACGGGGAGGAUGUAGUUAAAGAUGGAGGCCACAAUCCUAGGAUUGUUGAAGAUGAGAAACAUGUUGAGGAAGUAGCAUUGCUUAGCCAUGAGAGGAAGAUAAGUGUUCUUUAUGAACUGCUUUCUGCUUGCUUAGCAGAUAAACAUGAGGAGAACGAGAAAUGUACACGGAGUAGGAAAGGCUAUGAUGCCCGUCACCAUGUUGCUCUGCGGUUACUUGCGACUUGGUUUGACAUUCGAUGGAUUAAAAUGGAAGGAGUUGAGACAAUGGCUGCAUGCUCUGCCAUGGCAUUGCAAAAGUCAAUUGAAAAUAAGGAAGAAGAGUCUCUGUCACCAAAUAGUGAAUGGGAUAACUGGAAACGUGGAGGCAUUGUUGGAGCGGCUGCUUUAACAGGGGGAACUUUGAUGGCCAUCACUGGUGGAUUGGCUGCUCCAGCAAUUGCUGCAGGGUUUGGUGCAUUGGCACCAACUCUGGGGACGCUAGUUCCGGUUAUUGGAGCCAGUGGGUUUGCUGCAGCUGCUAGUGCUGCCGGAACGGUAACUGGAUCUGUUGCUGUUGCAGCAUCUUUUGGAGCUGCUGGAGCUGGGCUCGCUGGGACUAAGAUGGCAAGGAGAACUGGGGACAUUGAAGAGUUUGAGUUUAAAGCUAUCGGAGAAGAUCAUAAUCAAGGACGAUUAGCAGUGGAGAUAUUAGUUGCUGGCUUUGUUUUAAAGGAAGAAGACUUUGUAAAGCCCUGGGAAGGGUUAACUAGCAACUUGGAAAGGUACACGGUGCAAUGGGAAUCCAAGAACAUUAUAGCAGUGAGCACUGCAAUUCAGGAUUGGCUUACUUCAAGAGUUGCUAUGGAGUUGAUGAGACAAGGUGCAAUGCACACCGUACUGAACUCACUUUUAGCAGCAAUGGCAUGGCCGGCAACAAUCUUAGUAGCUGCUGAUUUCAUAGAUAGUAAAUGGAGUAUCGCCAUUGACAGGUCAGACAAAGCAGGGAGACUUCUUGCUGAAGCGCUUCGAAAAGGUUUACAAGGAAAUAGACCUGUGACUCUUGUGGGUUUUUCGCUUGGCGCGCGUGUCGUCUUCAAGUGCCUCCAGGCUCUGGCCGAGACAGAGAAAAACGCUGAAAUUGUGGAAAGAGUUGUUCUUCUUGGAGCACCAAUUUCAAUCAAGAACGAGAAUUGGCGAGACGUAAGAAAGACGGUGGCUGGAAGAUUCAUUAACGUUUACGCCACAAAUGAUUGGACCCUCGGGGUUGCUUUCCGUGCAAGUCUGUUGUCUCAAGGAUUAGCUGGAAUCCAACCGGUUUGUAUCCCGGGGAUCGAGGACGUGGAUGUAAGCGAUAUGGUGGAAGGUCACUCAUCUUACCUAUGGAAAACUCAGCAAAUCCUGGAAAGACUUGAACUCGACAACUCGUACCCUGUUUUUCGAAAUACUCUCUAACUUAUCCCAACCAUUAGGGCCAUAUCCUAUGUUAUCCAGAUUCAAAGACCAGAUCAACACUAACGAGUGUCCGAAGUGGCAAAACGAAACAUCACAUCCCUUCCUCUCUCAUUAUCCUCAGGUGCGUAUACAUUAUAAAAACUUUCACUCACAUUCUUCACCAUUUUACAUAAUAAUAUCCCUCAUUCUGAAACCCUAUACGAUCUAAACUUCUAAUUUUUAAAUCGUUGGGGAAACUCACUGGACAAGAUAAAGGGGUUUUUUGUUUGUUUAUCUGUUUGAACUUUCAACGCA